GAAUAAUCGAUAGUAUAAUUAUCGCGCUUUGAAAUUAAUCGACGGCCAACCUAAAAUUAUAAAGUUAUAAGAAAAUGAUCCAAAGAUGCAUGGAUCCCAUGUGGGUUUAAACAAUUUACCCGUCGACUGUCUGCUGUGCAUCUUUGAUUACUGCUCGGAGGCGGACCUUCUGUGCCUGUGCAAGGUGGAUCCGUAUCUGGAGGACAUAAUAGACACCUACUGUUUCUACCAACUUUCAUACGACCUGCUACUUUGUGGACACCGGAAUAAUCCCAGAAUCGAGCAGAGAAACCGAAAGCGACAGAAGAACUAUGAACGGAUUGAAGUGUCCCGGAACUGGGUUAGUGGAACCUACUCCGAACGCCCCUACUUCCACCACUUCCAGAUGUUCCCCACCAAACUGUGUCUGGAGGCACAGUACCUGUACAUUACCCAUGCCGGCUACCUGCGAAAGUACCGCCGCUCCAGCUACGAUGCACUGCAGCGGCGCUACGAGGAGGAGAUCAGUACAUCUACUCACACCGACAUCUCGGAUUUCGUCAAAAAGCAGGACACCAUAUUCGCAGGUCGGGUGUGCGGGUCGUGCUUUCACUUGGAUGCUGAUGGCAUCACGGAACAAAGGAUGCACCCCGUCAACGAGUACCUCUAUUGCGUGGACUUUGUCAAAGAUCUGUUCGCCACCAGCACCGACACAUGCUGCAAAUUGUGGCAACGAAGUCAGGAGUUCGGAAUGACACACUUCGACAUGGCAAUGAAUCUGUCGCGCGCCUUCAGAUCCCUGAAACUCAGUUCAGAUGGCCAGUGGCUUUAUGGGGGUCUCUACUCGGACAAGGGUGACCGCCGGGCUCUGAGGGCUGUUCACGUGGAGAGUGGCGAGGAAGUAGUUUUCAACUCAAACACAAUGUCUAUUUACGACCUAAAACUAAAAGAUGACCAAGUUAUUUUCACGGCCAACUUUGAUGCGACGUUUCGGAUGUUUGAUCGACGAGUCGAUCGAGAUGUGGCAAUUUGGGAGGAUCCGUUCGACUCUUCCUUUUACUCCCUGGAGUACGACGGACUGUAUGCGGCGCUAGUCGGCACCAACAGACAUUCGCGGGUCAAUCUGUACGACAUAAGAAUGCCACAAUAUGUACAAUUAUAUUUUCCCGGCAGGACGCGAGAGCACAAAGGAUUUUCACCCGUGUACAGCCUUGCAUGUGAUAGCCAAUAUAUGUUUGUAGCCACCGAUCAUAACCUUCGAGUGUUUGACUUUAAGGCAAGCUGUGGAAUCCGGAGGGACUACAGCAAUAUUAAAGGAUUUAUAUGAACGUAAUUAUAUUCAUCUGAUUACCAAAUAUACUUGUAAAAUGUAGAUCACCAAUAUAUGUUCAAUGGUCAUUAUUGUCUUGGACCAAUAUAACAUGUUUAAUUGAAAAAUAAAAAUUAUUAUUUUAAGAAUUAAUAAGUUAUUGAAAAAAGUACUUUAAGCAAUCAUUGUAGUCUAAGAGACUUUUUACAACAUUAGGUUAUAUUAGGAAACAGAAAAGCUAGUUGUUGUAUUUAAGUAAAGCUCUAGUCACCCCUAAAUUAAAUUUCGAAUGGUGUCUAAGACUCCAAAAAACCAA